AUGGUCGCCCUAGACGACUACACGCCCACCAACGGCGCCACCGUCAUCAUCCCCUCCUCGCACACGCUGGGCCCCUCCGCGCCAAGCCCCUCCGAGGCGGUGCCCGUGGUGAUGCCCGCCGGCAGCGUCGUCUACUUCCUCGGCACGGCGUGGCACGGCGGCGGCAAGAACACCUCUGACGGGGAUAGGCUCGCGCUGACGGUGCAGUACUGCUAG